AUGAAGUCUUUCGCCCUUAUUUCGCUUUUCUGGGCUCUUACCAAUGCCUCACCCAUCACAAUUGCUGAGCCCGAAUCGAACCUCGUCGCUCGCCAGUUAUCCAGCACGUCGAAUGAACUCGAGACGGGUAGCAGCUCAGCAUGUCCCAGAACCAUCUUUAUUUUUGCACGAGCCUCUACCGAGCCAGGCAACAUGGGUAUUUCUGCUGGACCUACUGUUGCGGGAGAGUUGAACGAUGAGUAUGGCGCUACCAGCGUUUGGGUCCAAGGUGUAGGCGGACCCUAUUCCGCUGGUCUUGCUGAGAAUGUUCUUCCAGCAGGCACUUCUGCAGCUGCUAUCAGAGAAGCUCAACGCCUGUUCAACCUCGCUGCCAGCAAGUGUCCCAGUACUCCCAUCGUCGCCGGCGGCUACAGCCAGGGCACUGCAGUCAUGAGCAAUGCCAUUACCGGUCUCAGUGCAGCAGUACAGGAUCAGAUCAAAGGCGUUGUCCUCUUUGGAUAUACUAAGAACUUGCAAAACCUCGGCAGGAUCCCAGGAUUCCCAUCUACCAAGACCAAAGUCUACUGUGCUUCUACUGAUUUGGUCUGCUUCGGAACCCUGGUUGUUGGUCUUGGCCAUUUUUUCUAUUCAGACGAAGCUGCUAACGAAGCUCCUCGCUUCCUCAUCUCGCAAAUCGGCCGUGCGUGA